CGGGGUUUUCUACGAAUCUUGCACUCAAAGUGUUGUUGUAAGAUCAGUUUUAUGCCCGUCUUAUAUCAGUAAUACGACGGUGAAGACUUGAACACGUUGUCAGCAUUCUGAGGUUUUUCGUCCAGAUGAUGCUGCAGAGAUAGCGUUCAGUAAAGUAUAUAUAAUCCAAUUAUGUAGCUCAAUGAUUCGCGUUUUCCAGGUUAAAUCUCUUCAUCUGGUAUCUCAGUCAGGUCGAACUGUUCGAGGAUAGGUAGUCGAUAGUCCGGAAGAAAUGCCGGGUUCCACGGGAAACGAGCAGCCGAAUGGUGCUCCAGCACUGUUUGACAAAGGAGGGAAUGGGUUUCCAACCCGUUAUAUUUUUGCCAUACUGGCAUUCGUUGGGUUAUUCAAUAUGUACGCGUUGCGCGUUGACCUGAGCGUGGCUAUUGUGGCGAUGGUCAAGACCAAAAUUACCAACACCACAUUAAACGCAUCGUCAGUCACUCAGCGUGCGGAUAUGUGUCCUCUUCCUAAUGACUCCUUUUCGAACGGCAACGCAUCCGAGCAUGCAACAGGAGAAUUCGAAUGGGACGGUUACACACAAGGCAUCGUGCUGGGAUCAUACUUUUACGGUUACGUGCUGACACAGUUUCCCGGCGCAUGGGUGGCCAACCGUUUCGGAGCCAAGUACGUCCUGGGACUGACGAUGCUGAUUUCGGGGCUGCUGUCCCUGGUGCUGCCGGUGCUGUCCCGCUGGAAUUUGUGGGCGCUGGUUGCUGUGCGCUUUCUCCAAGGAUUUGUCGGGGGAGUCAGUUUUCCCUGUGUGCAUGGAAUGUGCGGCAAAUGGAUACCGCCCAUGGAGCGCACCAAGCUGAGCAUGCUCAUCUACGCUGGGCCCCACUUUGGCACAGUUUUCACCCUGAUGAUAUCCGGCGUGUUGGCUGAGCAUCUGGGCUGGGACAGUGUUUUCUACGUAUUCGGCGCCCUGGCUUGUGUAUGGUUCGUCCUGUGGGUGUUUUUUGCCUACAACUCCCCGGAGGAACAUCCACGCAUCUCCGUCGCCGAGAAGAACUUCCUUAUCGCCGCCAUCGGUAAUAAGCCGACCAGUGCCGGCGGCGGUCCGCAGCGCAUCCCCUGGUCACGGAUCGCCCGCUCUCUGCCCUUUUACGCCAUCUGUGUGGCCUUCUUCGGUAACAACUGGGGCUUCUUCACCUUGCUCACCAAUCUGCCGUCCUAUCUGGCCCGGGUGCUACAUUUCAGAAUUGAAAAGAACGGAGUAAUUUCGGCAUUGCCAUACUUGGCGUUGGGCAUACUCAUGCCGAUUGUUGGUGUGGUUGCCGACAAGCUUAUCGCCUCACGCACCCUCAGUACGACCACCCUCCGACGCGCCUACCAUUUAAUCGGGCAAUUGUCGGCCGCCGGCUGCUUGAUCAUGGUGGCUCUCGUCGGCUGCAACGUGGUAGCCACGGUGACCCUGCUGAUCUGCGCCGUGGGUCUGCUGGCCUUCUCCAUGGCCUCCUUCGCCAUCAACCACAUUGACAUUGCCCCGCAGUAUGCCGGCAUUCUCAUGGGCAUCACCAACACUGUCGGCGCCGUGCCGGGCAUCGCCGGUCCCUACCUGGUGGGCGUGUUGACCAGUGGACCGGACGGUCACAAUUUAACGCAGUGGUCCAUUGUCUUCUACGUCACGGCCGGAAUUUUUAUCGCCAACGGCAUUUUUUACGCCUGCUGUGCCUCGGGGGAACUGCAACCCUGGGACAAACCAAAGACUGCGCAGUACCAGCUGGCCAAACGUGCCUCUUUGAGAGAUUUAUGAAUUUUAAUCUUGCGUUAUGAUUUCUUCUUUAAACAGAGAUCUGAAUUUAAAUAAGUAUGCAGAGGUGCAUAUGCAACCGGUUGACGCAGUUCACUUGCCUUUCAAAUUUUAUUUAUUUUGAUGAGUUGUUGAACUGGUAAACUACUUAGUAUUACAUAGUUUGUUGUGGCGUUCGCGUAGGUAGCAUGGCUGCGAUGGCUCACCCUUUCCGUGAGUAAUGUAGACUGUUGACCUUUUUAGAUGUUUUAUGGAAAGA